AUGAGGCAUUGCUGCUCGAGUGUUGCCAAAUUAAGAGCGAAUGCGGGGACGUUGACUUCCCACGGCUCGAACAAAUGGCAGUCGCGGAGGCGGGAACUUCUGAUGAGAUUCUGCGGUUAUAUCGCAGCCCGUCCUCAGGAGCUUCCUAGCGAGAUUGUAGUAGAGACGAGAAAUCCUCUGUUCGUGACGUGGAAAAUAGGCAAGGAGCACCGGCUGCGCGGGUGCAUCGGCACAUUUAACGCUAUGCAUUUACAUUCGGGCCUGCGCGAGUACGCGAUAACCAGCGCCCUGAAGGAUUCGCGUUUCACGCCCAUAACGCGGGAGGAGGUGCCGCGUCUGACCGUCUCCGUGUCAAUCCUGCAGCACUUUGAGGAGGCGGAGCACUACCUCGACUGGAAGCUGGGCAAGCACGGCAUCCGCAUAGAGUUCAUCAACGAGCGCGGCACCAAACGUACAGCAACCUACUUACCUCAAGUCGCCACUGAGCAAGGAUGGGACCAAAUACAGACGAUCGAUUCGCUCCUGCGGAAGGGCGGCUACAAGGCCGCCAUAACGGCGGACCUGCGGCGCAGCAUCAAGCUCACCCGCUACCAGUCGGAGGAGGUCUCCGCCACCUACGGGGACUACAUCAGCCAGCGUUGC